ACCGAGGAGCGAGUGACACUUCCGGGGGCUCAACGCGACGCUUCAGCAUGAGUCCCGAAUCUGAUCGCUGCUGCUAGAGCGUGUUUAUGGACUGGACUGAUCCGGGAAAAAUGCCACUGAAGAGAGAAUGCUUGGUUUUGCUCGUAUUGUCGUGGGUCAGUUCCUUGCGCGCUCAGGAUGAGAACCGUGUGAUGUUUUCACUGGGAACCUUCCAGAAUGUGAGUGUCCCAGUCAACGGUACGGUUCAAGCCGUCGUUUCCCGGAUUCCCGCUGAUGUUUCCUUCUUAACCUUGCAGUUUCAUACGCAUCACCGCAAUGUUACACUCUCAUAUACACCGAUCCCACUUUAUGGUUUUUCGGUCACGGCAGCAGAUGCUGGUCUGUUAUCCACCUUGACACUGAGCCAGACCACUGUCUCGUGGUUCCUGAAGACGCCCGACGGGAGCAGCGCAGCAGGAGUUGGUGUGAUUUUGCCGUACACCAGCACUGAUCCCGUUCCUGGAGCCUGCAAUCAGGAAUUCCCGCUGGAGAUUGAUCCAAACAUCUACCUGCAAUACAACCUGUUUGAGACCACGAUUACCUUUGCGCCCGCUAACAUCGGAUAUGGAAGAGGGGAGAGUCCGCCGGCGUGUGACGUGGACAUGGGCUCCAGCACUCGUUGGCGAUUGGUGUAUGAGCUGUAUCAGUACUUCCUGCCGGAAGGCGACCUAUCAGAGCAGAGUCUGAUCAGCAGUUUGGAGAGAGCGGCCAAUGUGCAGAACGUGCAGGACAACAGCAGAAAGGUGGUGUCUUUAUCCUCUCAUGACCGGACGCAGUUCUCCUUCAGCUCUCUGCCCGGUCAGGGGGUGAUUUUCAGUGUAAUUGUGAGAGAUCCAGUGUUGAACACGUCAGCGUCCUACAUCCCCGUCCACACAUACGCCUGCAGCUUCAACUCCACGCUGGACGGAUGCAGCGAUUUAGAUUUCUGUGUCUUCUCAGAGCUGUUCUGUAUGGGAUUCUGCUUUAUGGCGUUUAUCUUCUUUGUUCUGAUCACCAGAACCACAGCGCUGGAAUACGACAUUCGAUUGGCUCUGACAGCGCUGAUGGGCGUGGUCGGGGGCGUGGCCAUGGUGAUGAGCUGGUGGCGGUUUGGUUCGGUCAUGGUCUGUGUGUUGGUGGUAGGACUCAUUCUUGGAUUUCUCAUCUCAUCCAUUGCCUUCUUCACUCCACUUGGUGAUCUUCCUAUAUUCCAUAAUGAUGUGGUGUUCUGGGUGGUGUUUGCUUGCAUUAUGGUGUUUGUUCCUUUGUUCUUCAUCAGGUGGCCUAGAGAGGGCAAUAUAUUUACAUGUGGUGUGGUUGGCGCGUAUGCAGUGGUCCUGGCCGUCAACGCCUACACUUACACCAGUCUGUCCUACAUCACGCUGGAUGUCCUCAAACGCCUCCUCAACCACAACUUCAGCCGAGCGUUUAUCUCCGUACCGCUGCAGGAUAUCGAUUUCAUCAUGAUCACUGUGUGGGUCGUUCUGGGGGUUUUGGGGAUCGUCAUGCAGCUGUAUCGGGAGAAAUCACGUCCGUUUUUCCCGCCAAGCCCAUACGUCAUGUGGAAGCAAGAACGAGAGCGCAGGAAGACCAACGUUCUGGAUCCCAGCCACCACAAGCCAUCUUUAUCAGCCCGAAUCCUCGGACGUAUUCACCAGCUCACACAGCGCACAGAACCUGCCGGCGAAACCACACCUCUACUACUUUAACCUUUGACCUUUGACUUGAAGUCAGUUCACUGUUAGUCCUUCUCCUCCAGAUAACGGCUGCUCAAGCCUGUGGAGCAACAUACAUGAGGAUUGAGCUCGAUUUUUAGAGCCUAAAGACUCAGAUGAGCAGCCGAUGGAGGUUAAAAGAGCAGCUCACACACAGUGUGAGACUGACUUUAUGCACUUGUGUGUGUGUGUGUGUGUGUGUGUGUUUGUGUAGGUUCCCAGCAGUGCUUGAUCCCAUUGCUGUUUUCAGAUAAAUGUUAAGCAACUGACCUCUACUAUAUACAUCAGCUGCCACAGCGUGAUUUUAGAUGCAUUUUAGCAGCUUAGAGGAAACAUUCAGUACAGAUUUUUAAACUUUUUUUUACUACGUCAGGUUAGUAUAUGAGUGAAUGAAUGAUUUUUAAAGAUGUUCACCAUUAAAAUGAAUGUAUAAGACAAUGAACCGGUGUUCAUUAGUAGCCACUGUAAGCCUCUACGGCUGAUGUUUGAGUGUUUUCUGUGUCUAAGUGAGCUCGUAUGAGUCCCGGCAGAUCCUCACCGAGGUUUGGAGUUCGUGAUAGAAAUAAUGAGCUUAUUUUGACAGCGAUCCUGUGGGAAUUUGACUGCUGCUUCACUGCGCUGGUGUAAAACACUCGAUAAUGAGGAUUUUAAGUGCAGUGUAAGAUGAAUCUUGAGAAUCUGUGGAGUUUUUCAGUCAUUUUCUGUGCUUUAUAAAUGGAUAUGUAGCUCUUGUGGAGACACAAACCCAAGUUGGAUCUUUGACAGACUCCAGCUUUGCAAAAUCAGUAGUUUUGCAUUAUCCAUCGAUUCAGUUCUAGUAUCCUCUCAGGGUUUCUUCAUGUGAUCUUUGUGUCUCUCACAGAAGCAAACUUUUGCUAAAGCAUUUAAAACAUAUAGUGAUGUUAAAAUUGUUUUUAAGGGGUAGCCGUAUGCAUUAUUUCUGUUUUGUAUGAAAUUUAAAUAAUUGUCUAAAUAAUUAAAUGUUUAAUAAAGUUGUCAUUUGUGCCUUAA